UCAUUAAUGUUUCCAGCGCCUGCGCAGCACUGUGACUGGUCACUCAAUGAAUGCAGGAGAAUUAGAAGACAAAAUGGAGUUAAUCUGAACUGGGAGGCUUUAAACAGACCCCGUGUCAGCUACCAUACCUGAAUUUAGAAAUUCCCGGUCCCGCGUUUGCAGCAAGUGGGAAAACGGCUGCAGGCUCAGGCGGUGAUAGGCCUUUGGUUAACUGUGCCAUCUUUCUUGGGGGCAAGAUGCAGUUGUGAGCAUGCGUAGUUUUCCUCCCGUGUCGGGGCGAGGUGAUUCGAAAAGGUGCUUUCACACAACCAAACUGAAAUCAAAAGAAAUGCUUGUCCUUUCUAGAUUUCUAUCCUGAACUGACAGUGAUUUUUCUUUUGUGAAUUAGUUUUAGAAGAAUUUGCAGACCUGGAUCUCAAAACAAUUUCUGACAAUCAACAGAGUCGUCAGGAUCUGAAUAGCGUUGGCACUUAACUGUGGAAGGAAGAAGGGACACCAGAACUGAACACAGUCUUCCAAAGUUGGCCUAACCAAUGUCUAAUACAGCGGCAACAUGACCUCCCACCUCUCUGAUAUUCAAUGUGCUGACCAAGAACAGCAAGCAUUGCAAAUGCCUUCUUCACCACCCUGUCUACCUGCAACUCCACUUUAAAGGAACUAUGCAAUUGUUCUUACCCUUUAAUCUCUCCACAGGGCUAUGGGGAGAAAACAGGAACAGGAUUAAGUUCGAGAUCUAUAAAAUGCCUCUGCUUCCUGCCAGGCUCUUCCACCUCUUUCUCUUUCUGUGGUUUUGUGCAAACACUGACUGGUUCCCUUCUCUGAAGGAGAUUUAUAAACCAGUUCAGUUUUGAUGAUAAUCCAGCAGUUUCCUUCAGUGUCAUCUCCACAACUGACCGGAUUAAUUGUGCUUAGUUACACAAUCUGUGAGCCCUUGUGGUUUCUCCUAAUAUAUCGGAUUUCUGUUUGAAAGGUUGACUUGCAAUCGGAAGGAGACUUAAAACACAACUAUGUCCGGAUCUGACAGUCACUCUGUUUACAUAAGCUAAUCAUCUCAGGACUUUGAACAUCCAGGAAAAAAGCACUGUUCACACUAAGAAACACAUAUUGUCUAUGUGUUAAAGAGUCUACGAAGAUUCAUCUGAAAUGUCCAAACGCCAACACAGUCAUCCUAGGGAGAGACUAUGGAAAUGUGAGGAUUGUGGGAAGGGAUUCCUUUACCCAUGUGAGCUGAAAACUCACCGACGCAGCCACACUGGGGAGAAGCCAUUCACCUGCUCCAAUUGUGGGAUGGCAUUUACUCGGUCAUCCAACCUGCGGAUACACCAGCGGGUUCACACUGGGGAGAAACCUUUCACCUGCUCAGUUUGUGGGAGAGCAUUCGCUCAGUCAGCCAGCCUGCUGAUACACCAGCGAGUUCACACUGGGGAGAGACCAUUUACCUGUUCUCAAUGUGGGAAAGGAUUCACUCGCUGUUCGAAACUACUGGAACACCAGCGUGUUCACAAUGGAGAGAGACCAUUCACCUGCUCUGAUUGUGGGAAGGGAUUCACUCACUCAUCUAAACUGCUGGAACACCGGGUGGUUCACACUGGAGAGAGACCAUUCACCUGCUCAGUGUGUGGGAAAGGAUUCACUCGAUCAUCUAACCUGCAGAUACACCAGCGAGUUCACACUGGGGAGAGACCAUUCAGCUGCUCGAUGUGUGGGAAAGGAUUCACUCGAUCAUCCAAACUGCUAGAACAUCAGCGAGUUCACACCGGAGAGCGACCAUUCAUCUGCUCAGUGUGUGGGAAAGGAUUCACUCAGUCAUCCAGCCUGCGGCUACACCAGCGAGUACACGCUGGGGAGAGAGCAUUCACAUGCUCCCUGUGUGGGAAGGGAUUCACUCAUUCAUCUAAACUGCUGGAACAUCAACAAGCUCACGCUGGGAAGAGACCAUUCACCUGCUCAAUGUGUGGGAAAGCUUUCGCUCAGUCAGCCAGCCUGCGGAUACACCAGCGAGUACACAGUGGCGAGAGAGCAUUCACCCAUUCUGAAUGUGGAAAAGCAUUUGUUUGCCCGUCUGAACUGCUGGAACACCAGGGAGCUCACACCGGGAAGAAACCAUUCACUUGUUCUGAAUGUGGAAAAGGAUUUACUCACUCAUGUCGACUGCUGGAACAUCAGCGACUUCACACUGGAGAGAGACCAUUCAUCUGUACUGAAUGUGGAAAAGGAUUUAAUCGCUCAUCUAAUCUGCUGCGACACCAGCGAGUUCACACUGGGGAGAGACCAUUCGCCUGUUCUGAAUGUGGAAAAGCAUUCAAUUGCUCAUCUAAACUGCUGAAACACCAGCGAGUUCACACUGGGGAGAGACCAUUUGCCUGUUCUGAAUGUGAAAAAGCAUUCAGUUGCUCAUCUAAACUGCUGAUACACCAGAGAGUACAUAGCGGAGAGAAACCAUUCACCUGCUCCGAUUGUGGGAAGGGAUUUGCUCAAUCAUCCAACUUGCUGAGGCACCAGCGAGUACACACUGGGGAGAAGCCAUUCGCCUGCUCUGAUUGUGGGAAAGCAUUCGCUCAGUCAACAAUCCUGCUAAUACACCAGCGAAUUCACAUGAGCGAGAAACCAUUCAACUGCUCCAAUUGUGGCAAGGGAUUUACUCAAUUAUCUGACCUGCACAGACACCAGCGAGUUCAUGCUGGGGAGAAACAUUCACUCAGUUAACUCACCUGCUGAUAAACCAGCCUGUUCACUCUGUGGAGAGACUUUUUGCUUGUUUCUGCACAUGGGAGGGAAUUUCAAACUGUUAGCACACCAGUGAAAUGACAAUGGAUGGAUCCUGUUCACGUGCUCCAUUUGUGAGAAAAGGCUUUGCUGUUUGUUAACACACCAGGAAAUUCACAAAGAACCACAGGUGAAGGGUUUUCCUCUUACUUACACCAAAGAAGGAACCUUGAUCACUGAGCUGUUGUAUUAAUGUCAUCAAACCUUGCUGUGUUCAAGGUGCUGAUACAGAGGAUAAAAUGUUGAUACAUUGUGUAUCAGUAGGAUAGAUUUUGAGACUGAUAUUUUCAAUGUUAAUGAACACAUUUAUGUUGGAUAAAGAGUGUCAUCUGCAUCAGGAUUGGUUAAACAACAACGAGUUCUCCAGGAACUGUCAGUGUUGCAUUUUGAUGCGAUUGUUAUCUAUGUCCAAAGCACGCUUUCUGGCCCUAUUUAUGACGUUUGUAAACCCCACAGGUUCAUCUACC